GGGCUUUCCACGCUCCACGCGGCGGGCCUUUAAAACUAUGCCGCGCGCCUUCCUGGAUGCGUUGUUUUCCUUGGUGGCAUGGCCAUCUUUGGAAAGUCUGGUGGAUGGAAGCGACCAGCUCUUUUGGGGAGUGGUGCAGCCGCUAUCAGAGAUGACGAAGCUCAGCUACACGGCGACCUGGGGCUCCUACUACCGGCCCUACGCGCAGAACGCCACGGUCACGGGCUGGCGCCGCGGGCCGGAGGUGAACCCCGAGGCAGGCAUGCGGGCCCUCAGCUUCCUGCAGACGGACGGAAGCCUGGGCGUCAUUGCUUUCCGGGGCACUGACCUGAAUAGCAGCGGCAUCAGCGGCCAGGCGGAUGCGUGCGCCAACGAGGUGCUGGGAGGAGACAAGCUGUCGGAGCUGUGCGGGAACUUCAGCACCCAUCAGUUGGACUACUACUCGCGUGCGAUGGAGUUUGCAGAAGAGCUCGCAGCGCGGCAUCCCUCGACCUCGUGGCUCUUCACGGGCCACUCCCUGGGCGCGGAGCUGGCGUCCCUGGUGGGCGCCCUGCGCGCCGUGCCGGCGCUCGGCUUCGCGGCGCCGCCGCUGAAGCCGGUGCUGCGGCGCAAACAUUUGCAGGUUACGGUGACUCGCUGGUCCUCAUUGACUUUGUAUGACGAGCACGACCCGCUGCGCUUCCAGUCCAAGGGUGAGCUGCUGGGCAUGAACUGCUCCUGGCCCUCCACAGCGCCCAUCCCGGGGUGCCGGGCGUGUGAGGCGGACCCCCUCCUGACGCGAGAGGUGUGCCAGGAGUGCUUCGCAGCGACCCACACCUUCAGCAACUAUUUGAAGCACGUCCGGAAAGGAACGCGCCCCACUUGCCACGGCGCCCCAAUGACGGCUUAGGCGCUGCAGCUUGAGCAGCGCCCCCCCACAUAUGAGUCACCAACAAUGUUCUUAGUGCGUGUAGC